UAACCACAACUCGAGUCUCCAUGAGAACAGUAAAGAGAUGGGAGCGGUUGAGUUUCAUCUUCUACCUCAUAGAAGGAGAUAAACACCGGUUCUGUAACUACGCAUUUUUCUUUAAACCCUUUGUAUCUGGUACAUGUGAUUUUGACCUCAACUGUAUACCAGACUGACUUAUAUAAUAGAAAGUUAAAGCACAAGUAACUAAUUUGGCGUGUGAUAUCUCUAUGGGUGGGGACCCAUGCCAGUGGUUGUGAUUAUAUGCCAAAGGGAAGGGGAAAUGGAAAUUGUGUUGUUCUUGAAGAUAAAAAUGAGAGCACAUUAAAGGGAGACAGGGAUUGUGACUUUAAAAGGUGGAAAGAAUGCUUCUCAGUAAUAAGAAAGUCACAAGAUAAAAUGAGUGUGAAUUGAGUUCCACUGUCUUCUGUAUAGAUACUUGAUGUUUGGCUGGUUAUUGCAUUUUUAAUUCUUCAAAUAUGUGUUAAGAAUGUAAUUAAGAUAGAUAAUAUCAAAGUUCUCAUUUGUUUUGAUAGACAUGAAGUUUCAUGAGAUUGAGGGUGUCAUGGGUUGAAGUGUGGCUCCCAAAAAGAUGUGUCCCUUUCUAGCCACUGGAACUUCAGCAUGUGACCUCAUUUCCAUAUAAGGAAAUGUAAUUAGUUAAGAUAAGGUUUUUUUAAAGAGGAGAAAGAGGCAACUGUUUCCCUUUCCCUUCUGAGAGCUGUCAUUGGAAAUACCUUACUCUAAGUCAUUGGAAUGUAAAUGAACCUUUCUGUGAAAAAGAUACAAGCCGGCUUGUCUUGCUUCUAGGGCCUCAUCCUCCUUUGAAAUGUAAACAGAUACCUCAGUGGUUAAGUAAACCUCUUUGGAGUUCUCACAACUUACACAAUUGUAACUUAAUUCCUAAGGUGUGCUUUUGGCCCAGAACCCCAAGUUCCAGUAAGAUGUGCCCUGAAAGCCCUAAAUGUGCGGUAACAGGAAAGCCUUUUGUCUAGAGUCCCACAGAGGGACAUUUCAUUCUGAUAAUGAGUCAGUCAUGAGGCAGGCAUAACAGCCACAUUUUGUAUAUAAUUAAUAACCUAAUAACAAGUACAAAAUACACAAAAGCAAAAAAAAAAGUACGGACUUAAAGGAAGAAAUAGACAAUAAACAAUUUCACAAUCAUGAUCAGGAAUUUGAAGACAUCUCAGCAAUUGAUAUAGCAACUAGAUUUUUCAAAAAUCAUCAAAGGCAGAAAAAUCUGAGCAAUUACGUGUUUAAGAACUGCCUAAUUUCCCUUGAGAAAGACUACCAGCAGUGAAUAAGAAGACCUGUUUCCUUAGCUCUUAGCAGCACUGAUCGUUCCUAAUUUCACAAGGCGGAUCCAGACCAAAAUCAAAGACCUUCUCCAGCAGAUGGAGGAAGGGCUGAAGACCGCCGACCCACAUGAUUGCUCUGCUUACACUGGGUGGACAGGGAUAGCCCUGCUGUACCUGCAGCUCUACAGGGUCACGGGUGACCAGGCCUACCUGCUCCGGUCCCUGGAUUACGUGAAGAGGACACUUCGGAACCUGAAUGGCCGCAGGGUCACCUUCCUCUGCGGAGAUGCGGGGCCGCUUGCUGUGGGCGCUGUGGUUUAUCACAAACUCAAAAGCGACUGCGAGUCCCAGGAAUGCAUCACAAAACUCCUGCAGCUCCAGAGAACCGUGGUCUGCCGGGACUCAGACCUUCCGGACGAGCUGCUGUACGGACGGGCGGGCUACCUGUAUGCCUUACUCUACCUGAACACGGAGAUCGGCCCGGGCACCGUGUCGGAGGCAGCUAUUCAAGAGGUCGUCAGUGCUAUUAUUGAGUCGGGCAAGGCUCUGUCGAGGGACGAGAGGAAGGCCGAGCGCUGCCCCCUGUUAUACCAGUGGCACAGGAAGCAGUACGUCGGCGCGGCCCACGGCAUGGCUGGGAUCUUCUGCAUGCUCCUGCAGCCAGCAGCAAAAGUGGACCAAGAAACCUUGACAGAAAUGGUGAAACCUAGCAUCGAUUACGUACGCCACAGGAGAUUCAGAUCAGGGAACUACCCAUCGUCCUUAAGCAACGAAACAGACCGGCUGGUGCACUGGUGCCACGGCGCCCCCGGCGUCAUCCACAUGCUGAUGCAAGCUUACAGGGUGUUUCAGGAGGAAAAGUACUUGAAAGAUGCCAUGGAGUGCAGCGACGUGAUCUGGCAGCGAGGUUUGCUCCGGAAGGGCUAUGGGGUCUGCCACGGGACGGCCGGGAACGGCUACUCUUUCCUGUCCCUCUACCACCUCACGCAGGAUAAAAAGUACCUCUACCGAGCGUGCAAGUUUGCAGAGUGGUGUCUAGAAUAUGGAGCCCAUGGGUGCCGCAUUCCUGACAGACCCUACUCCCUCUUCGAAGGCAUGGCUGGUGCGAUUCACUUUCUCUCCGAUGUCCUGGUACCAGAGACGUCACGGUUUCCAGCGUUUGAACUUGGCUCUUCGCAGAUGGAGAAAAAGGUGCAAAAAGACUAAGAGACCCAUUUGGACCCAAAGUCAGAAGAUUGCUAGCACCUGACAAAGAACCAACUAUGAAUUUGGAAAGAGGAAAAAGUAGAAGCCGGCACCUUCACAGCCCCUUGUGCUGCAGAGACCCUCAAGUUCAAGUCAGUGCAUGAGUGACAGAAACCAUCCCAUUGGCGUUUUGUGACAGUGUCCCCGCACUGGUGUGAAACACGGAUUCUUCACGUCCAGUUCUCCGUAGUGUCUGCAUGUUUCUUGGUGUUCGUUGUUUGUAAGUUGUUCUAAGUGGAAAGUCCUCUGUCCACGAACUGGAGCUGACCGCGCGGGAGUCCGGCGGCCACUUCUCUGUAUAUAGUGUCCUAAGUGUUGACACACAGGCAGCAGUCAGGGGGUGCCGCUUAGAUGUCAGAAAGGUUCACUGGGGGUGGGGGGUCCCAGUGGUAAUACUUUCUCAGCGUUUCUGUGUGUACCUCUCAGAUGAGCAUGAGGGAAAGACCAUUCCACAAACUGAAAAGAAACCCACCAGAGAGGAGGGGGUUGGCUGGCCUGGUUGGAGGGGUGAGCCUGCCCACAAGGCAGGUGUUUUGUAUGUUUUGUGUUUUGUGCUCAACUUUGUGUUUUUAAGAAGCCCGAGGAGGUGGUUGCAGCUCUCCUGGGGAUCCCUGUGCUCAGCAGAGGUGUCAGGCACUUGGUGUGACAUUCCAGGGGCGCCCUGCAGUCUGGGGCAACCAGUGCCCUGGGGAGUGGACUUCAUGACGCCAGGGACAGCUUUCAGGGGAAGCCAUUCCAUGGCCCCGUCCCAGACCGGAUAGCCGUGGCUGAGCGUCAGCAGUUCUAGACUCAGCACAUAUUACUAAGCAUCAAUGUUAUAACUCACUGCCCUACGUCAGAGGGGAAAGUCCCGGAAGGCUGAGAAGCAACAAGACAUUCCCUAAGUCCCUGCAACAACACUUAGUUCAAAACUUGGCAAGUUAUCAGAGUAUAAGUUUGGGAUUAAUACAGUUCUAUUUUGUCCACUUAUUUGGUGAUAAAAUCUCACAUUGGUUAAAAUGUA